AUGUUUCAGGUCGGUGGGCCUUACUGGGAUGUUCCAGUAGGAAGACUGGACUCCAAGGAGGCAAGUCUUGACCUAGCAAACAAGGACAUCCCCACCGCUGAGCAGGGCCUCCUCACCCUUAUUUCCAAGUUCUGGGAGAAGGGCCUUGAUGCCACUGACAUGGUGGCCCUUGUCGGAUCCCACACGAUCGGAUUCGCCCGGUGCGCAAACUUCCGGGACAGGAUAUACGGCGACUUCGAGAUGACAUCCAAGUACAACCCUGCGUCUGCGACCUACCUCAGCAAGCUCAAGGAGAUCUGCCCCUUGGAUGGUGGCGACGACAACAUCAGUGCCAUGGACAGCCACACUUCCGCGACCUUCGACAACGCCUAUUUCGAGACGCUCAUCAAGGGUGAGGGCCUCCUCAACUCCGACCAGGAGAUGUGGUCCAGCAUCGCCGGGUACUCGACGGCCGACACGGUGAACAAGUACUGGGCUGACCCGGAGCUGUUCUUCAAGCAGUUCUCGGACUCCAUGGUUAAGAUGGGCAAUAUCACCAACCCUGCAGGUGGCGAGGUCAGGAAGACCUGCAGAUUCGUGAACACAUAA